AUGCUAGCAAAAACCCACCACAUCAUUCUAACAAGUUUCCCUUCCCCGGCGAAGCUAACUCCGGCCGCAGUGCACCGGUUAUGGCCGUCAUCAGUAAAACUGUCAAGGCCGCAUGCUAUACCCGUCACCGCGUCAAAUAAUCUUGUGCUCGAUGAUUCCGUGGCUGCAUUUUGGGACUACCAAUUUCUGUUUGUGUCGCAACGCUCGGAGACAGUGAAACCGGUUACUCUUUCUGUUGUCGACGGUGCAAUACCUCACGACUUUCCUGCCGGCACGUAUUAUUUGGUUGGACCGGGGCUUUUUGCUGAUGACCAUGGCUCGACUGUGCACCCGCUGGAUGGCCACGGGUACCUUCGGGCCUUUACGUUUGAUGAGGUGUCUAGGGAGGUGACGUUCAUGGCUAGGUACGUGAAGACCCAUGCUCAGGUGGAGGAGCACGACCCCGUGACCGACACGUGGCGGUUCACCCACCGGGGCCCAUUUUCGGUGUUGAAAGGGGGACACAAGGUUGGUAAUACCAAGGUGAUGAAAAAUGUGGCUAAUACCAGUGUGUUGAGGUGGGGAGGGAGGGUGUUGUGUUUGUGGGAAGGUGGGGAGCCGUAUGAGAUUGAAUCUGGGACGUUGGAUACGGUUGGGAGGUUUGAUGUGAUCGACGGUUGUGAUCCGUUGCCGGACAGAGGAAAGAAUAGUGGUGAUAUAUGGGACGUAGCUGCCGGCCUGUUGAAGCCAAUUUUGUAUGGAGUAUUUAAAAUGCCUCCAAAACGACUGUUGUCUCAUUAUAAGAUCGAUGCUCGCAUGAAUAGACUUCUUACAGCCUCAUGCAAUGCAGAGGACAUGCUACUACCACGCAGUUCUUUUACAUUUUAUGAAUUUGACUCAGACUUCAAGCUGUUGAAGAAGCAAGAGUUCAACAUCCCUGAUCACAUAAUGAUCCAUGAUUGGGCCUUCACCGACACUCAUUAUAUACUAUUUGCCAAUCGCAUUAAGCUUGAUGUUGUAGGUUCAAUGGCAGCAGUGGGUGGGAUCUCCCCAAUGAUAUCAGCAAUAUCAGUGAACCCAAGUAAACCAACAUCUCCCAUAUAUUUGCUUCCUCGAUUUCCUGACAAAUUUGGUCGAGAUUGGAGAGUUCCUGUUGAAGCUCCUUCACAGUUUUGGUUGCUUCAUGUUGGCAAUGCUUUUGAGUCUAAGGAUCUCCAUGGCAAUUUACACAUCCAAAUUCAUGCUGCCACUUGCUCUUACCAAUGGUUCAACUUUCAUAAAGUUUUUGGAUAUAAUUGGCAAAGCGGUAAGCUAGACCCUUCAUCUAUGAACGUCAAUGAAGGUGAAAAUGAUCAGCUGCUGCCUCAUCUUUCUCAGGUGUGUAUUCAAUUAGACGCUGAUGGGAACAGCCAAAAAUGUAGUGUGGAGCCCUUGAAUGAAUGGAAAAGGCCAUCAGAUUUUCCUGUAAUUAACCCAGCCUUCUCUGGCACCAAAAACACAUACAUUUAUGCAGCAACUUCUUCCGGCUCUCGCCCAACAUUACCACAUUUUCCCUUUGAUAGUGUGGUGAAGCUGGAUUUGUUAGACACUUCUGUCCAUACAUGGUCGGCCAGUCACCGGAAAUUUAUCGGCGAGCCGAUUUUUGUUCCCAAAGGGGAUGGAGAAGACGAUGGAUACCUUCUUGUGGUUGAGUAUGCGGUUUCAAUACAGAGGUGCUAUCUUGUGGUUCUGGAUCCUAAGAGGGUUGGAGAAGACGAUGCACUUGUAGCAAGACUUGAAGUCCCCAAGCACCUGAAUUUUCCUCUUGGCUUUCAUGGCUUUUGGUCCUCUGACAUGUAA